AUCCUUCACCACAUUCCCCGCUUCUCGUCGCAGCUUCCUUCUCGCAGUGAAACAUCCAGAAGCAAGCAGCCUGAUUUAUGCUUCUUAGACGAUCGUCUCAAUAAAUGCACGUACAUUUCUCUUACCAGUCUUUCCGAGGAGUUACAGUCUGACCGUGGAGCUACAUUAAAUUCCCGAUCGUGCACAAUAGAUGCUAAUUUCCUCACCAUGGCAACAGAAGAUAAGAAACCAGAGACUGAUACAAAACCUCCAGUUGUACCAUCAGCUUCUGCCAGUCAAAGCAAGUCUGCACCUGCCAAGCCAAACUACAGCCUGAAAUUCACAUUAGCGGGCCACACUAAAGCUGUCUCCUCUGUCAAAUUCAGUCCCAGUGGAGAGUGGCUCGCCAGCUCCUCUGCUGAUAAACUCAUCAAAAUCUGGGGAGCAUACGACGGCAAGUUUGAGAAAACCAUAUCUGGACAUAAACUUGGCAUAUCUGAUGUGGCCUGGUCCUCUGACUCCAACCUCCUGGUGUCUGCAUCAGAUGACAAAACCCUGAAGAUCUGGGACGUCAGCUCGGGAAAAUGCCUAAAAACUCUGAAAGGUCACAGCAACUACGUCUUCUGCUGCAACUUCAACCCCCAGUCCAAUCUCAUCGUGUCAGGAUCGUUUGAUGAGAGUGUAAGGAUAUGGGACGUGAAGACUGGGAAAUGUUUGAAAACAUUGCCUGCUCAUUCUGAUCCUGUCUCUGCGGUUCAUUUCAACAGAGACGGCUCCCUGAUUGUGUCCAGUAGCUAUGAUGGCCUUUGCCGAAUCUGGGACACAGCAUCGGGGCAGUGUCUAAAGACACUCAUAGAUGAUGACAAUCCUCCUGUGUCAUUUGUUAAGUUUUCCCCCAACGGGAAAUACAUCCUGGCUGCUACACUGGAUAACACGCUGAAGCUGUGGGAUUACAGCAAAGGAAAAUGCUUGAAAACGUACACGGGCCAUAAAAACGAGAAGUACUGCAUAUUUGCAAAUUUCUCUGUCACCGGUGGAAAGUGGAUCGUGUCGGGCUCGGAGGACAACAUGGUUUAUAUCUGGAACCUGCAGACGAAGGAGAUCGUGCAGAAACUCCAGGGCCACACAGACGUCGUCAUUUCGACCGCCUGCCACCCGACGGAGAACAUCAUCGCAUCUGCGGCUUUAGAAAAUGACAAAACCAUCAAGCUAUGGAAAAGCGACUGCUAAGCCCUCUUGGAUCUUGUGGGGGGGGGCAUUCAUAUUUCUUUUUUGUUUUUUUCCCUACAUUUUGUUUGUAUGAAAAAAAAAAAGGACUUUUUUUCUAACAGAGAGCUCCUGCUGGAUGCAGACGGCUUUUGGGUAAUGAAAUUCAGCAAGGAGAGCCAAAUGAUGAGACGCCUCAGCCACACGCGCUAUCAGCCGAGGCAGUUCCCCCUCAUCACAUCUGAGAUACUUCAUCUGCAUUUCUUUUUCCACUCGUGCCAGAUUUUGUUGUCUCGUAAGGGAAAUUGGUGACUUUUGUUAUACUUCACAACAAUGCUCUGGUGCUUCAGUAUUUUAAACACUGCAUUAACCUUGAUGUCACUGCUUCAUACCUACUCCCACACACUCACCUCUGGUCUUGUACAAUAAAUGUAAUGGUCUUUUGGCCCUUUGUAUGAUUUCUUUUGCCUUUUCAAUCCGUCAGUUGUAACUGUGUCGUACCGACUAAAUUACUUUGAGGUGGAGAGGUGACUUUGACAUCAAGCUUGAAUUAAAAAAAAAUUGGUACCUAAGGCCCUUUUUGUCUAUUAUUUAUUCAAGUGGUGCCACGAUUACUAUUCUUUUUUUUCCACCUAAAUUCAAAUGCCAGUAAGCGCUGUGUGCCAUACUGAGGUAUGUUUUCUCAUUUUGUAAGUACUGUGCUGAAAACCAGGACUUGACUUUAGCGUGGAGCAUGGGAAGUUCAGGACCUAAUUCAAAAAUACGCCUAAAGAAAAUGUGCUGUCACAUAUUAUAAUACCCUGACAGUUAAAAGAAAACUAUGUAAAGGGUUUUUUUUUAUACAGUCCUAUUGGAGUAUUGAAUUGAGAUCCUGCCUCUACAAAAGAUUCUCCUCUAAUUUUUAUAUUUUACAGUUUACCACAGUGACCAAAUGCAGUUACUUUGUGUUGUAGGAUUUGUACAAAAUACACUGUCAUGUACUGUGAUUUAUUAUUUUAGCUGUCUUUGUUUUUUUUUUCUUUUUUUAAUCAUGUCUGCUUUAUGAUUAGCUCAUAGUUCUGCACACAAAGCCAGAAGCCUCUGUUCUCUAUAGUUAACCCUGGAUUUUUGUGGAAUAUGUUUGCAUUCGACGGCUAUAACCUGCGACUUAAUAAAACCAGUUUUUGUAUGUUUCA